UGCUGACAUACACCAUUGUAAUGACCUGUUCACGUCCCUCUGCCCUAAUAGACCAAUAGCUUCGUGAGGACCAAGGACUUAUCUCACCCAUCCCUGUAUCUCCAGUCUCUGCACCCCUCGCAUUACCAAAAUGCAUUUCUUCUUCUCAGAUAAGGUGGUGCUACUGUUUGAUUUCUGGAAUGUCCACAGCCCUGCAGGCAUGGCCCUUUCUGUGUUGGUGAUCCUGCUCCUGGCUGUGCUGUAUGAAAGCAUCAAGUUUGGCAAAGCCAAGCUACUCCACCAGAGCCUGGUGAGCAUGCCCACCUCCACCAGCCAGCAGCGCGAGGAGACAGACCAGGGUUCUUCUUCAAGCUCAGAGUCACCCCCAGUCAGCAGACCCUGCCUCAGGUGGUUCUUGUGUCACUUUGGCCAGUCUCUAAUCCACAUCGUUCAGGUGGUCAUUGGCUACUUCAUAAUGCUGGCGGUAAUGUCCUACAACACCUGGAUUUUCCUUGGCGUGGUCCUGGGCUCGGCUGUGGGCUACUACCUAGCCUACCCGUUGCUCAGCAUAGAUUAGCUGGCAAGGGCUGUGCAGGCACUGAGGGCUGGAGAAAGCUGAGGCUCCCCUCUUCCAGACAUUGUACUUCCAGGCCUAAGCCUCCUUUUGCUUUGAUGGAUGUUCCUCGCCUCACUCGCAGCUCCUAGAAACUUUCAGCUGAAGCCAGCACUCGCUCCCUGGAGUUCAGAUGCCAUUGCAGCCACCUCUCCCCAGACAGCCCAGGCCUGGUCUUGUGCCUUAGAAGGCUGCUGUGACCAGCAGGAGAAUGGAGAGAACAGAACCCAGGGGCUUAUCUGUGAUUCAAAACUUAAGAAUUUCCAAAGAUCUUCAAGACAGGAAGAUGGGUUCUGAGUGAAGGACGUGGAACCCAGGUACCCUUUGCUCUCCUGAUUUGUGCCUUACCCAGAGGAGCAUCUUCCAUUGGACUUCCUGACCCCCUCUGUCUUUGGGGGACAGAGACCAAGCUGGCUCCUUUUCUCACCCUUCUGCCUUUGGAACCUGUGAAGAUUGUCUCUUCUAUGGGUCAUGCUGAUAGAUUGACUUUUCACUUUUUCCCACUGAACUCUUGGCUAGCAAUUUUGCACAUUAAUACAAAACAAAAUUUUUAAUGAAAUGGUUUCAUUUUAUUCAUGAUGGAUGGCAGCAUCUGCUGGGACCUGUUUCCCUUUCUUGGCGGGAGAGUGGCAGUAGGUAAAAGUGGAUAAAAGCAGGACUGUGAUCAAGGCUCCUGUGGACAGAGUGAGCUCCUCCCACCAGUCUGCACUGCUGGCAGGAGGAAGACAGUCCAAUGGCUUUAGGUGCCUGGGGGCUCUUCAUGGCCUUAAUGCCCCCUUUUAUCCGAUCCUUCUUUUAUGCAGAACAGAUAACUGCACUGAACAAUACUUAAUUUUUAUUUAUUUAUUAUGUACUGCUCACCCAUAACAAACACGAUUCAUUCACUUAAAAUACUGAGUAAGUCAUGGGGGAGGGGGAGGAUUGACUGAAGAUGCAAUAAGCAGUCAAACCAAAGCAUCACACUUGUAGAGUGAGACGGGAAUCUCCAGAUAUUGGAAACUCAUCACUUUACAGAGAAGGAAACAAGACCCAGGGAGAGAAAAGCACUGCUGUGACUGUAACGGCUACACUCAGGUGCCUCUGGGCUAGAUGCAAGAUGGUCUUAAGCUUUGGGAAUUAAAAAAGAAAUGCAUUUUAAUAAAUAUAUAUUUUUAAUUAGUG